GAGGAGACUAUAAAAUCUCGUUUGGGCGGUUUUAGGGCUUUCCGAGAGAGCGAGAGGCGAGAGCUAGGGUUUUUUGAGCACUUUCAUCUCCCAAACUAGGGUUUUUUUUUUCCGCUCUCGCUUCUCCAAAACUAGGGUUUUUCAUCUGUAACGGAGUAAUAGGAAAUGGGGCACUCAAACGUCUGGAACUCUCAUCCGAAGAACUACGGCCCUGGAUCACGUACCUGCCGUGUCUGUGGAAACCCACAUGGGUUGAUCAGGAAGUAUGGACUUAUGUGCUGCAGGCAGUGCUUCCGAAGCAAUGCCAAGGAGAUUGGCUUCAUCAAGUACCGCUAAGAGGAGAAAUGCUUCAUAAGCAGGCACGCAAUGGAGGAAGAUGCAUUAGAAUUUUGUUUUUGUUUUUGUUUUUGUUUUUGUUUAUGUUUUUGUUUUGUUCUCCUGCCAAUUUUUAAAUUUUUAGAAUAGGUUUCCAUACAGGCUAUUAUUCUCUCAGUUCGUAAGGUCAUUCACUGGAUUUUCUAUGUUUGAAUUUACUUGGCGGUUAAUGAAUUCUCUUCCUCUUUGAACA